AUGCUGUCUCCGCUUUUGCCUAUUUUAAGUCUAAUAGCUCUUCUGUUCUGGAUUGGGGCGGAUGCUGUAAUCAAUCUGAAAUACUCGGUGGACGAGGAUCAAAUGGCAGGGACAGAAAUUGCAAACAUUGCGAAGGACGCAAAAGAAGCAGGAUUUGUGAUCGAUCCUCGGCAGCCUGCCUUACGAGUUAUCUCUAAUACAGCACCGCAGUUAGUGGACAUCAACUCGGCUGGGUUUCUCAUCAACAAACAAAAAAUAGACCGGGAUACGUUUUGCCGACAGACACCAAAAUGUUUUAUUUCUUUGGAAGUGAUGUCAAACUCGAUGGAAAUAUGCAUGAUAAAACUAGAAAUCAAGGACCUAAACGACAAUGCACCCAUUUUCACAAAAGAUCACAUUGACCUUAACAUUUCGGAGACUGCCACUCCAGGCACUAGGAUACCCCUAGAGGGGGCAAACGACCCGGAUUCUGGAAUCUUUGGUGUACAAAAAUACGAAAUCACUCCAAAAGAUAUGUUUGGGUUGGACAUUAAGACAAGGGGAGACGGAUCUAGAUUUGCCGAGCUCGUUUUGGAAAAGCCACUGGACAGAGAAACACAAUCGCAUUACAGUUAUGUGAUCACUGCUUUGGACGGUGGAGACCCACCAAAGUUUGACACAGUUACACUUAAUAUUAAGGUGAUAGAUUCAAACGACAACAACCCAGUUUUCGACCAGGCUGUGUACAAUGUUAAGGUGUUGGAAAACUCUCCGAAUAACACAGUGGUCAUUCACCUGAACGCCACAGAUCCGGAUGAAGGCACAAACGGUGAAAUAUUGUAUUCAUUUAAUAGUUACGUCUCUGAAAAAACACGGGAACUUUUCAAAAUCGACCCUCGAACCGGUAUAAUAUCAGUCAGUGGAGAACUGGACUUUGAGUCGACCAACGUUUAUGAGAUUGAUGUGCAAGCUAAAGAUCUAGGUCCAAAUUCUAUCCCGGCUCACUGUAAAGUAAUAAUAAAUGUUAUGGACGCAAAUGAUAAUGUCCCAGUCAUUAAGAUGUUGUCUGCAAACAGCGAGAUGGUCGAAGUGAGCGAGAACGCGCAGCUGGGAUAUGUCAUAGCCCUCGUGAGGGUUUCAGACAAGGACUCGGGGGCUAAUGGGAGGGUGCAGCUGCGACUACAGGGCAACGUUCCUUUCCGACUACAGGAGUAUGAGAGCUUUUCCACAAUACUAGUCGAUGGGAGACUGGAUAGAGAACAGAGGGACACGUACAACUUAACGAUUCAAGCUGUGGACAGUGGCAUACCUCCUUUAAAAACCACAAAAUCACUCACUGUUAAAGUGACAGAUGAGAAUGAUAACCCUCCACACUUUACAAAACCACAUUAUCAAGAAAUGAUCCUAGAAAACAACACGCCUGGGGCUUACUUGCUUUCUGUGUCGGCGAAGGAUCCUGACCUGGGGCUAAAUGGCACAGUGACCUAUCAAAUCGUACCGUCUCAAGUUAGAGAUAUGCCAGUAUUCACAUAUGUGUCGAUAAAUCCAACUUCUGGUGAUAUUUAUUCACAGCGAUCAUUCAACCACGAGCUUACAAGGACUUUUGAAUUCAAAGUUUUGGCUAAAGAUGGAGGCAACCCAUCUCUGACAAGUAAUGCAACUGUACGGAUUGUUGUUUUAGACGUGAACGACAAUACGCCUGUCAUGACCACCCCGCCUUUAAUAAAUGGGACGGCUAAAGUAUCAAUUCCAAGCAAUGCUGGAGUGGGUUAUUUAGUAACGCAGGUACAAGCCGACGACUACGACGAGGGUGAAAACGGAAGAUUGACUUACUCGAUAUCAGAGGGAGACAGGUCUUACUUUGAAAUAGACCAGGUGAAUGGCGAAAUUCGUACCACCAGGACGUUUGGAGAGAGCACAAAGUCUUUUUACGAGAUAACUGUAGUAGCACACGACCAUGGGAAAACGUCUUUAACAGCCUCCGCAUUUAUUGUGAUCUACCUCUCAAAAGACAUGAAUGAGCAAGAGUCUAUUGGACCGGUGAAUUUAUCUCUCAUCUUCAUCAUUGCCCUUGGUUCUAUCGCUGCGAUCCUGUUCGUCACAAUGAUAUUUGUGGCAAUCAAAUGUAAAAGGGACAACAAAGAAAUCAGGACAUACAACUGCAGCAAUUGUUUUACGGUUUGCUGUCUCACAGGAGUUGUCAUUGGUGGCCGGAGGUCACAUGACCUCACCGGCCCACCAAUGCCCCCAAUGACCCGUGGGAGCCGGCAGAGUACUGCUAUAUUGAGUCUGUUCAGUUUCUUCUACUUGCGUAGGGUGGCAGAGUAUUCCUAUGGCAACCAGAAGAAAUCCAGCAAGAAGAAGAAACUGAACAAGAAUGACAUCCGGCUGGUGCCACGCGACACAGAGGAGACGCACAAGAUGAACGUGGUGAGUUGCUCGUCUCUCACCUCCUCGCUCAACUACUUCGACUACCACCAGCAGACCCUGCCACUGGGCUGUCGGCGCUCCGAGAGCACCUUCCUCAACGUGGAGAACCAGAACGCCCGCAACGCUGCCCCUAACCAUGGCUACCACCAAACGUUCACCGGCCAGGGCCCGCAACAGCCCGACCUCAUCAUCAACGGCAUGCCCCUGCCAGAGACGGAAAAUUAUUCCAUUGAUUCCAGCUACAUGAACAGCAGAGCACAUCUGAUUAAAAGCACGUCAACAUUCAAGGACUUGGAAGGGAACAGCCUCAAGGACAGCGGGCACGAGGAGAGCGACCAGACUGACAGUGAGCAUGACGUACAGCGAGCCCUGUACGCCGAUACCGCUGUCAACGACGCGCUGAAUAUGAGCGUACAACCCAACACCGGCCAGGUGCCAGACCACGACCCCAGCGAGACCUUCCACUGCCAGGAGGAGUGCCGUAUCCUGGGCCACUCGGACCGCUGCUGGAUGCCCCGGGUCCCCGCCCGGGUCAAGUCCCCGGAACACAGCCGCGACGUCAUCGCCCUGCCCAUCGAGCCCCCCGCUGCGGACCUCCCGCGCUACGACGACUGCGGCGGCAAAAGGACUUUCGCCACCUUCGGCAAGGACGGGUCCGAGGAGGCGGAGCGGGGCGAGGGCAGGUGCAGGAGGACAGCCGAGCCCCAGGCGUGCAGCCCCAAGGCCAAUGGGGCGGUCCGGGAAGCGGGCAACGGGCGGGAGGCGCUGAGCCCCGUCAAGUCCCCCGUGCACUCAAAGAGCCCCCUCGCCAAGCCCACCUCCGCCUACAGCACCCUGAAGAGGCGGGAGGCUGAGAGGAUGGCCAAGCACGCCCUGAUGCGACAACCCGAGGGGAAGGACAGCGAGCCGGCCAACCGGGAAGUCGGCCAGAGCCUGCACGACUGCCCAGGAAAGGAGUCUCCUGCCACCCGUCGCCUGAAGGACAUCGUGCUCUAGGCCAGGCCCUGAGGUCUGGGAGCGGGGCAGGAUUAGGGAGGAGAGCUAGCGGCGCAGUGCCCGGAGGGGGGAGGGUGUGUGAAACAACAGACAUACCUGCUUUUGAGUAUGAGAUAAAUGACGGCAGGAGAGAGAUGUGGACGACCAUGUCUGCAGUACAGCACAUAUUAGGAAGGAUUUUUGUCAGUGGACGAAAUGUGCUUUGCUGGACAUCUGUGGAAGUGGAAAACAAAAAUUUACAGUUUCUCAUUCGGCCAAUAAACUGAGAGGGGAUGACACGUCCCACGGGCUACUGUGUAACAUGCCAAUUAGACAAUCUUCAGUGGGAAACCGGAUUAUGUUUGAGCAAAAAUAGAUAUAAGUAGAGUCAUGCCUUUUUUAUUUUUCUAUCUUGAUAUGGCCUUUUUGGUUUGUGGUUCAAUUCAGCUGCUGGAUUAUUGUACAGUCCCUUUCAAAUGCACACUCCCUCCUGAGACCCUCCACUAUGUAGUAGGCAACUGAAUCUGUACAGAUGUUUCUCCGGUUCUUGUGGGCCAAUUUCCUGUUAUGCCGCCAUGAAAAGAAGGGAAAACAAAUUGUUCUGCUGCCAUUUUGUUCUCCUUUUUCCUAUUCUCCUUUUGUCUGAAUCUCUUUCCAUGCACUUGAAUAUAUUAUAGCAUUCCAUAAUUGUGAGGUCAAAAGCAGGAUAUUUUCCUUUGUUUAACUACCGGUGAAACUGAUGGAACAUUAAGCAUCAAUUGAUGUCUUCUCAAAACAGCAAGUGGCAAAGUGGUCUUUAAAACUAAACUGAAAUUAUUAUAAGACUGAAUUCUGCUUUCUUCUGUGCCCAUUCCUGAUUGUAGGCAAUGGGCCAGAGUUUCCUAUGUCAUUAUCUGGUGUUGUACUUUAUUUUGAAAAUCUGAGUAUGGGGGCGAGGAUAUAGGGGACAGUCACUCACAUGUCUUGCUGUGUGUAACACUGCUAAGGUUUCAUGAUUAUGAUUUAUAAUAACCUGUUGUUAUGUGACAAUCCCUUUAAUGUUUCCUUUCAAGAGAAAAAUAAAGCAUAGAUAUUUGUGUUCUACUGAAGGUGAAGUAGCAUUUGUUACACAAACACGUAAAAUAAUAAAAAUACAUAUGCCAAAAUCUAUUUUAUACAUAACUUAAAAUGUAUUAUGAGAAAAUGUAAUGCUGUCUGGUUAAUUUGUCAGUAAGUUAUACUUGAAAUUAACAGGCUUUUUGAUUUGUUGUUCUUUUUAUAUUGAUUUACCUUUUGCAACCUGAACUUUUUGUUUACUAUGUUACUCCUGGCAACUGUUGACUUGCAGUCUAUCUUGUUGUAAAAGAGUUUUUUAUUGGUCAGUUCUUGUGCCAUCGAUUUUCUGUAAGCUGUGUGGGCAAAUAGAAAAAUAAGAAGAAAAAAAAAAAUCAGCACCAACAGUAGUGUCAGUUAAAUGAGCUUAGAGUGAGAUCAGAAGAAACCAAAAAAUGAAAAUAAAACAAGAAAAAACAAGGAAGCAAACAAAACAAAUAAACAGAUGACAUCAGAGGUGAUUGUUUAGUCUUAAUAUUUAAGUACAAAAUGGAUAAACCAGCUUUGUAAGCUGGGGAGAUGGUUCCAUACAACUCUGCAAAUCUGUUCUUGGCAGGAUUUAUUUUUGGUUAAUCCAUAUGGCAAUAUAUAGUGAUUGUUAUGAUCAAUAGCUUACCUGGCCUGCCUGGAAUGCAGAAUAAGUUCAAAUAAUUUAAGAAGUUGAAUCCAUCAUAUGGAAGUCGAUGAUGCCAAAGCAGAUGUUGCAGAUUGUUGUUUUGGAAUGGACUGGCUAAAAUCCUACAAAACAGCACUUGUUUGUGUUGCUUUUGCGGUUUAGCACAUGGAUGAAAAGGACAGUUCAUAGAAUGGAACUUAACUUGAAUGUUUGCAGGUCUCACAAAUGACUUCUGGUAACAUGAAAAGCUGAACAAUCACUGAAUGUAUGCAGCAGCUUAUUAUUAAACUAAAUGUUCUCCA